AUGCUUUUCUCGCUGCAAUCUCAUGUCGAUCUCCCUCUAAUCGACAUUUCACAAUUUCCAUCCGACUUUGAUCGUGAAGCCCUAAAUUGCCUUCAGAACAAUCCUGCCUUAGCGGCGGUCAGAGAAGCCUGCAAAGAAUGGGGAGUUUUCUAUGUCGGAAACCAUGGAAUUCCAAUUGAUCUUCUCCAACAAAUGGAGUUCCAGAGUCGCCAAAUAUAUUCUGUGUCAGCAGAAGCCAAAGAAAGAGCCGUCACUUGUGAUCCAGUCAUGAGCUAUCAUCGCAGGGGCAACACAGAGAGCUUCACCAUGCUGAAUUUACCAGAAUCCGAUUCCAUUAACGAGCUGUCCAACAAGAUAUGGCCACAGGAGGAAAGAUCAGCAAUGUUUAGGGAAGGAAUUUCUAGAAUCAUAAUUGAGGGCGACUCACAGAUUAUAAUAGAUGGAAUCAGUCGGUCAAGUUUUCAUAACUGGAAGCUUAAUAAAUGGGUUCCUAUGGUAAAAGAGCAUUUAAAGAACUUUGAGAGCUACGAGAUUGGGCAUGUCUACAGAGAAGGGAAUCAGGUGGUUGAUUACCUUGUGAACCUUGUUGUUGGAGAAUAUGAUGACCCUGUCUACUUUUGCCAGACAUCUGUUGCGGAGGAUAUCAAAGGACAAUGCCUGAAGGACUGCCAAAGAUAUCCUCGAUAG